AAGGACACUUCCACCGUUCGAUAAACAAAUUCGCGACUCCGUCUAUUAGACUGCUCCGCCCUUCUGGUGCGUCACUGUUUACCUAAACGAGUGACUGAUGUGUACGCAUGUUUUUGUUCGACUAUGUAGCGCGGAUUUUGAAAAUUACUAACUCGCUAGCCAGCAAAUUUAGCAGGGGUUGGAAAAUCUUUUGUGCUCAGUAGAACUGUUUACUUGUGAGCACACCAUGGAUGUUUCUACAUAUUUACAGAGUUUUGAAGAAAGUAUGACCAGCUACACAGGAGAUGACCCUCUAGAUUCAUGGGCCAGAUUUUAUGAUUUUUUAGAGAAGAGGGUUCCUACUGAAGAUGCCAAGGGGUUGUCAAUUGUGCUAGAUCGCCUCGUCCAGAGAUUUUUGGAAGACGGGCGCUACUCUAAUGACAUAAGAUUUGUGAAUUACUGCAUCAAGUGUGCAAGUUAUUACGGCGAACCUAUCAAGCUGUACAGCUACGUACACAGUAAGGGCAUCGGCACAACUACUGCAGCCCUCUACGUAGCUUGGGCCCAAAAGUUUGAACAGCUCGACCAGCACCAGCACGCGGAUGCAGUGUACCAGACAGCCAUCGAGAACCAAGCUAAGCCAUCUGACACUGUGCUACAGCAGUACAGGAUGUUUCAGUCCAGGACUUCUAGACGCACAGCAGGAGGUUUAGCAGAUGGCCCACAUCCUCUUCAAAAUUCUCAACUGGCCAAUCAGAUGUCCUCUCACAGAGAGCCUGGUCCACAGUGCAAGGAGCCUGAAGACCUGUCUCAGCUCCCUGCAGACAGAACAGUACGCAUAAUCUCAAGGUCUGAAAAUGCAGUGGGGAAGCCGUCUAAUCAAGGCUCAGCCUCCAGUUUACAGACUGUAUCCAUGUACUGUAAGGAUUCCCUAGAAUGCCAAGGAUCUGAGCUAUGCUUCGAGGAGGUCAGGGCGGCCAAAUACUAUGUUAGACGCAAGCAGGAAGAGGAGUGUAGAGAAUUGGAGGCCCGCCAGAGACUCGCCAGAGAGAAAGAAAAUGAACUCCAGAGGAUGAAACAGCUUCUGGAUGAUCUGGAGAAUAAUGUUGAGCCAACUGGAAGCUCUCCCAGCAAUCCUCCCACACAACAGGUACAAUGCAACACAACGGCAACAAGUCUGAAUCCAGAAUUUCUCCACCAGUCCUUCAGGCAACCCCCCUCACUGCACAGUCUAAAAAACCAGCCCACUGUAGCCCAGCGGUUGAAUUGGGCACCAGACGUGAAGCCAGAGUCAGAGAGGGCACCCGAGGCUCUCAUGCAGUGCAACUUCCUGAGGGAGCCUGUCGCUGAUCUGAGCACCCAGAGAUGCUCUCCUCCGUUCGGGCAGGGUCUGACAGAUCACUGGGCAGCUCCAACACCAUCCAGCCACCCCCAGGCUCCCCCUCUGCAGGCCCCUGUGGGUGAACACAACUCCCAGCCCUCUGAGCGUUCCUGCCCGGCCCUCCAGAGGCCGGCCUGGGCACACGGAGCGCAGAACGAAGCGCCACAUCUGGAGAAUCACCCUCGCAUGAACCAUUCGAUGAACCACCUGGCCUCGAGUUUCCAGCAGCACAAUGUUAGAGAUCAAAAUAUGUCCGCUUGCGAAGCAGCAGAGUCUAAAUUAGAUGUGUCACAAGGCGCAACGGGUAACCUGUCCCAUGUCACUCCUAACACUUCUCUGGGUAUUGCGCAUGCCACCCCUUCAAGGGUACUCCCAUCCCCCACCGUCAACACACGAGAAGCACUGGAUGUGAUCAUGGACAUGUUCCUGGCCCCCCCCCUCCUGCAGGACGAGCCGUUCAGCUGCUUGGCCCAGGCGGAGAAGAGCUUUGAUGCUGGCUACCACAGAAUGGGGGAUGACGCUCCGUUCAACAAGCCUCCUGCUGCGGCCCUGUUUGCAAUCUUCCAGGAUGAGAAUGAUAAAGAGAACUGCAGUCCUGUAGUGACAGUGGACAAGCCAAGGCCAUCAAGGGCCCUGGUAGAAAUCCCUGUGUCAAAACAAGAGAAACCAAAUGAGACUCCAACAGAGUUGAUCCCAGAAGAGAGCACCAUGUGGGGCGCCCGCUACAACUCUCUGACCUCCCUGGCCGCUUGCCCCAACAGCACAGGAGACUUCUCCCUGUCGGCCCACAUGGUCUCCACUCCCUUCCAGAAGAAAGAGCCUUACUCACGGGACUUUGAGGAGGACCAAGAAAACGAUGACCCCAGAACCUUCAUCGGCCCUGAGGAGAAACCUUACAUGCGACAGCCCAUGAAACUCAGCCCCAUCAUAGAACAGAGUCCGUCUGAUGAGAAUCUCUUGGAGACAGCGGUGGGUCCCACGAGGGGGCAGGGGUUUGCUGAGCAGGGCACGAUAGUGGGAGAGGGUCUGGCUCCGGGGCAGGGAAGCCUGACGGCAUGCUCCAUGACUGAGGUGCACCACGCGCCUGCCCUGCUGUCUUUCAGAGACCACACCCUGGUCCCCCCUCAGGGCCCUGACGUGGACAGCAGCCCACCCAGGGCCUCUGGGUCUGGCUGGGAUGUGUACACGAGCCCGGAGCAGCCUCCUCAGCCAGCCUGUCCCCUGUCCCCUGUCCCGCCCGGGGCCUUGCGAAGGUCCCAGGGCUUCACCCUCAAGUCUGCCGUCAGCCCUGAGAAAGCCCCAGAGCCUGGCUUCGAUGUUCCCAUGAGCCCAGAAUGUGUCCCCAGGCCGGAAUGGCUGGUGAUCCAGAGCCCGGAGUUUGUGACCGAACGGGACCUGGAUGCACUCAUGAGUCCGCAGGGCCCCCGGAAAGCAGACGUCCUCCCUCAGGAGAGCACAGACAUCCCCAUGAGCCCAGAGCCCAAAUUCAGUAUGGAUGUGCCCAUGAGUCCAGCCUGGAUCCAGAAAACCAGCGUGGACGCAGCGAUGAACGUGGACGUCCCCAUGAGCCCGUCAGCAGGAGCUGCAGCUGGGACGCUGGUCUCAGAUCCCUGGGACGAGGAGCUCAUCUCCAGGCUGCUGGAGACACUCUCCACCCCGCUCACCUCCCAUCCAGACUGCAUUACCUGGCAGUCCAAAGUCCCCAACAUCAGCCCCAAGAUGACCAUCAAGAUGGGUGCAGGCUCCUUACGGGUAGACUGCCUCCUGGGGGAGGGGGCGUUUGCUACCGUCUACCAGGCAACUGACCUCUCCACGUCCAAGAAAAUGGUUUUAAAGGUCCAGAAACCGGCAAAUCCAUGGGAGUUUUACAUCAACACUCAGCUGAAUGCUCGUCUACAGCCCAGCGUACGGCCCCUCUUCAGUAACAUCCUCUCAGCCCACCUGUUCCAGAACGGCAGCGUUCUGCUGGCCGAUCUUCACAACUGCGGCACUCUGUUGAAUGCAGUGAACCUGUAUAAGAACCAAAGUGACAAGGUGAUGCCCCAGCCUCUGGUGAUGUACUUCACUAUCUGUAUCCUGUACAUGGUGGAGCAGCUGCACAGCAUCCACAUAGUUCAUGCUGACAUCAAACCAGACAACUUCCUGCUGGGGGAGAGGUUCCUGGACAAUACCUCUUUUGAGCCAGAGAACCUUGAUCAUGGACUUGCUCUGAUUGACCUGGGUCAGAGCAUCGACAUGACGCUUUUCCCAGAAGGCACAGAGUUCACCGCAAAGUGUUUGACCUCCGGUUUCCAGUGUACGGAGAUGUUGAGUGGGAGACCAUGGAACUACCAGACUGACUACUUUGGAAUCGCAGGGACCGUGCACUGCAUGAUCUUUGGGACGUACAUGCAAGUGAAGAAUGAGGAUGGAGUGUGGAAGACCAACGCCGUCUUCAGAAGGAACCCCCACAGCGACCUGUGGAACGAGCUGUUCCACACUCUGCUGAACGUGCCGGACUGCCGCUCCCUGCCCAGCUUGGGUGAGCUGCGGAGCCGCCUGUGCAGCGUCCUGCAGCAGAACUAUAGAAACAAGCUGGCCUCGCUGAAGACACGCCUGGUCAUCCAGCUUCUGGAGAGCAGGUCAGCCCGGAGGUAAACCUGCCAGAGCCCACCCACCCUCCACCAGAGCCCACCCACCCUCCACCAG